UCCAGGAGGAUCCAACACCUCUGGUCUCCAUGGGCAUUUGCACACACAUGUGCACCCCCCCCCAUAGACAUAAUUUUAAAAAAAAAUCUUAAAAAAAAUUGAAAAUCUAAAAAACAAAUAAGGUGCAACGUGACUGAGAAAGGGACCUAAGGUUUACCUCUGGACUGCACAUAUAAUUACACACAACAUGUACAUACACCAGCACACAUUUGUGCACAUACACACAUAAUAUAUAAAAUACUUCCUCAAGUGAAAGAGGAGUCGAGAGGAGAAAAUUUUAAGAUGUACCGAUAUACAUCAUCAUAGAAGCUGAAAGCAAAAGCUGAUUAAUGGCCGUGUCGGAAAUCUCAGCACUUCUGAGAUCUUUCCGUGUCGCUUCUGAGGAUGUCGAUCUCGAGUGUUUCCCCACUUCCAUGAACUCUAGGGACAACCACACCGUGCUGGUCCGCUCCCCGGCCCAGGGUGUGGAAAGCUGUGGAGUCGAGGUCCACACAACAGUGACAACCCUGAGCACCACGUCACCGGGCAGUGAUUUCCAACACAACACAGCCGGAUCUGCUCCAGGAGGGCAGCCCGCGAGCGAAGACGCUGCAGAACCUUGGACUCCUCUGCCGUGGCGGGUCCCCCGUGGGUGCGCCCCAGCCGCCCCUUCCCGGCCUCCGUCCACGCACGGCCAGGCCUCAGGCUGCGCAGACCCCGGUUCCACAGCCCCGGGGCCGCGGCCCAGCUCCCCGCCCCCACCGCCUGGCGCUGCGGCCUAGCCAAGCGCCCGGCGUCUCCCCGUCCGGUGGUUCGCCGACCCCGCGCGACCGGCGCAAACCCGUGGCUCGGGGCUCAGGCCGCUACCUGGCUCCAAGGGGCGACGGCCGGGAAGGAACCGCGGAACCGUGAACCACAGCUCCAGCCAGCGGCUGCCUAGACGGAUCCACCUAGUCCUUGGCUGACGUGGAAGGGGGCGGGGAGUCGAGCCAGGAUGCAGCCGCAGAUCCUGUACGGCGACCCAGGCAGGACAAGCUUUCUUCGUCCUGCGGCUGCGCGCUGUAAGUACAUCCUCUUCCUUUCUCAGGGUUGGUUUCUGCAACAGAGUGAGCAAGUAUUUAAGUUUUCCCCGUGAGUAGGCCCUGACUUAAGCGCUGUGGUCACUGAACAGUUCCCAGGAACUAAAACUUGUACAAAAGAUCAACAGAAAAGUCCAGCGGACUCUCUUAUUACUCUCAUUUAUAAUAAAUUGGGAAAUUAACUGA